AUGGUCAAACGAAAGCAAGGUGGGCUCUGGGUGUACAUAAAAUGGCACGCCCAGUGGGGAAAAAUAGUAAGCAGCGUGUCCAACGCGCUGGACUUUAACCAAGCUACCCUCAGCGGGUGCAUCGAUAUCAUUUGCGUAGAGUCUGAAAUUGAGAGCAAGGUCAAAGGGGAAAAAAAAAUAAGCGUCACGUACAAGUCGACCCCGUUCCAUGUGAGAUUUGGAAAAACAAAAUUGUUAAGGUCAAAGGAAAAGAUAGUAAGCAUUUUGGUCAAUGGAAAGAGCACAAAUCUACAUAUGAAAUUAGGUAGCGCAGGGGAAGCUUACUUUGUUGAGAAGACAUAUGAUGAUGUCGAGGAAGAAUUAGAAACGUCCCCCCUGUCAUCGCCUCGUCAUGACUAUAAUGAUUUAUAUUUAGCUGAUCAUAUUGACAGCUGCAGUAUUAACGAUUCGCUAAACAAUUUCAAGAGCGAUGACGAUUCGGAUACGUCUUUCCUUCGAAACAUUGCCAUGGAUAGGCGCAAGUCGGUGGAUAGGCACUACAGAAUGGAUCAAGGGCAGGGGAGGAAGCAGAGCAAUAGCCAAGCCAAGGGAGGGGGGGGGCCCAUCACGCGGGAUCAGCACGAUCGGCACUUUGGACGCGAUGGACUUGAUCACAACCACCAUAAACGUGCCUCUGCCCAAAGAGACAGCCUGAAGAAGAAAAGAAAAAACAAAAGCCCCCACAUGCACCGCAACGUACUAGGUGAAGACUACGAUGAUCAUGGUUAUAAACGAAAAAUGGAUGGCGAUGAUCCAAAUGCCAAUUCUGAAUGGUCCUGGUCAUGGGGAAGACUACCCCAUUUGAAAAAUCAGGAUUACGCCUCAGAUAACUGUACAGCCAUAUCUUCCAACAAUAAAAAUGAAAAAAAGGACAAACGAAAAAAAUUUUAUAAUAAAAGCGAAUCAGUCUAUGAUCAUUCCUCAUCGAGGGAACACCUCACUUGUGUACGCAGAAGAAACUUGAGUGAAUCUAAUGUUAGAAAGUGCCUGAACAAUGAGAGAGAAAUAAAAAGCUUCCCUCGUGGCAGCAAAACGAAGCAUAUAAAAAGAUAUAGGGAUAGCCACUUAGAGCAUGUGAAUAAGGAAGUCCCCAGAAAACUCAGCAACAAAAAUGAUGCGGAUGACUCCAUGCAGGGUCCCAAGAGGUACUCCAGGGGAAGGAAUUCCACAAAAGCGGCUGCGAAGGCGUCCAACACCCUCCAUCAGGGUGGCCCCAACCACAGUAGCAGUGCUAACAAUGCCAAUGGCAAAAAUUGGGGAAACCCUGAGCAUGUUGAGAAGAGGAGGGCAAGCGAUAGUAAAGGACUCCCCAGUAGGGGAAACGUCGCGGAUGUUAAGAGGCACAGCGAAAGGGGAAGCCAACGAAGAAGCCAGCGAGAAAGUCAUCGAGGAAGUCAACGAAAUAGUCAACGCGGAAGCCAACGAGGGAGUGACGCGAAUAGGGAUCCCACCAAAUUGGCAUUAAAGAAAUCAGAGGCGGAAUCGAAACAGGAAGAUAAGGAAAAGGCGGAACCGAGGGAAGACGAGCACUCCUUGGGAGAUGGAGUCAACGAGAAGGAACUUGAAAGGGGGAAGCAACGGAUGAUAGAGAAGUUGAAGCAUAAAGCGAGGGAGCGGGCUAGGGAAAGGGCAGAAAGAAGUGGGGCUCGGACGGGAGCCGAGACGGAGGCAGACAGAAAUAUAGGCAGAGGAGUAGACAAAGAACACAAACGAGGCUCAGAAAAGUGGAACAAGGAGGAGGAACACCACAAGGAAAGAGCAAAAUCAAGAGGGCAGUUUAAGCCACACCAUGAUCAUCACUCCUCCGACGAAGACGCAGACGCAGAGAUGAAUUCGAACGACGAUGAUAACCAAGUAAGCUACUCGAAGGACGAACCGGAGAGCACCUUUGACGACGACAUUCAAAACAGAAUUGAGUGUAGCUUGUGUGGACAUUUACUACUAAACCAAAAUGCAGAUAACGAACAGAAUGAUUACAGCAUUGAAAUUCACAACAAAAAUAUUUUUGAAGCGAAUAUAGUUACAUAUGAGCAGAUAGACAAGAACUCUAACUUGUGGUACCAUCCAUCUCUUGUUUUUCGAUUUGAUAAAAAGGACCCUUACUAUCCCUCAAGGGUUGCCCUACCCCUUCUAGCCUCCUGGGUCGUGUUCAAUCAACCUCUGUCCAUUUUGGCUGUUGAGAAAUUACUAAACUCAUCUCUAACCUUGGUCGAAAUAAAAGAUAAGGGAUGGAGAAACUGGUUCGGAGUAUCCAGUGCAGAAUAUGAUAACACGAUCAAUACGAAGAAUACGGCAAAAGAUAUCAAAGCAUCGAGUCAAAUUGAAGAUAAAAAGAAGGAAGCGAAAAAAAGUACCAUCAAGACAUCACCCGUCGCAGCUGCUACCACCACCAGGAGCAGUAACAAUAAUAAUCACAUCAGUAACAGUAAUGCAAAUAAUCAUGAGGAAGGCGAAAUUAUAUCUCUCAGAGAACAAAAUGCCAGGAGAAGUAUACAACACUCGUUACAUAAUCCAAGUGAACUCAGCAGGAGAAGCACCAGACAUGGAGAAGAAAGAAUAAAAAUAAGGUACCGAAAGUCAUUGAGACCGACAUCAGAGCAACUAAAAUCAUUGAAUUUAAAGGAAGGAGCAAACACCAUAACCUUCUUAGUUACCUCCUCCUUGCAAGGAACCAAAAGUAUUAAUGGCACCAUAUACCUAUGGAAGAAAAAUGCCAAAAUUGUUAUCUCAGAUGUGGAUGGAACUAUUACUAGGUCGAAUGUUCUAGGACAUAUAAUGCCUAUCGUUGGCAAAGAUUGGUCUCAUGUUGGAGUUUCUCAAUUAUUUAACAAAAUUAAUAAUAAUGGGUACCACAUUUUGUACCUUACUGCUAGGGCUAUCGGUCAGGCGGACUCCACAAGGGAAUACCUAUUCAGAUUCAAAAGAAAUGACAAUAAUAAACUCCCCGACGGACCUUUAAUUUUAAGUCCAGAUAGACUCUUCCCCUCCUUCAAAAGAGAAGUUAUUGAUAAAAAACCGUACAUUUUUAAAAUCGCUGCGUUGAGAGAUAUACGAAAUUUGUUUCCCCUGAAUCAUAACCCCUUUUAUGCUGCCUUUGGGAACACCGAAAGUGACCAUCGAGCGUACAUAUCUGUGGGCGUCCCGGAGGCCAAAGUGUUCAUCAUAGAUAACCGAGGCAUCGUGCACCACGUCAACUCGACCUACGCCAAAACAUAUGAAACCAUGAGCGAAAUAACGGAGCACAUGUUCCCAUGCAUCAAAAAUGACAUAAAGAGAGAAGAUGACGACCAAUACAAUUCCUUUCAGUACUGGAAGAUCAACAGCCUUACUUACUACGAAAAGUACAUGGAUGUGAGUGACAGCAGUUGA